CUAGYCCAGUGCCAACAUUCCAUCCUGUAGAUGCUAGAAUUUUACUUAUAUUUCUUGAUUGUAGCUUAGAUUUCUUAAUUGGAGCUUGGAGAAAACUUUUCUAAAAAAGAAGGUCAAUCCAACAAUGUUGAGAUUUCUAGUUUUCUUCUGGGUCUUUUCCCUCAUGUUGGUGUAUGARGCAGAUAGCCGUAGAAUUUCUUUGUCGAGAGGUCUGUCGAGGAUGGGGUCGAACUUCCUGAAGCGAAAUAAAGAUGCAAGUGGAGUGUURAACACAGCCGCCACUGCAUCGUCAGUUUACGUCGGCGGCACUGGUAUCUGGUGGCGAUCUGGGAUAAUCGCGUCGAUAAAUCAACUGGAACAAGGAAAGAAAGAAGAAGCCAUGGAGACACUGAAUAUCGCCAUCGCAACCCUGACCGUCUUUGACACUACACAAGCAACGGUCCAACCAAUCGCUUCUGAACUUAUACAUCAACUAGUGAAACACAAAGGACAAUUCCCUGAGACAGUCAAAGGAUUGACAAAUUACAACAAGGCCUUGGCAGAACGUACGAUCGCUGGAAGUGCAGAUGAUGCGGAUGACAUCAUAGACAGYGCAAACUCCUUCAGGAAACAAAUUGGGAAUUAUUUCGAUACUGAAGUUACUGCAUUCAUGAAAAAUACCCAGGGAUACGACGAUCUUGUGAAAAGUCUCAACAAUGCAAAGAAGUGGGCCAAAGCUGCGACCUGGCUGGAUACUCUGAGUGGACCGCUUUUUGACGUUGCCAACGUGGCUUUUUGUGGCUGGCAGUUGUAUAAUGCGAUAUGGGAUGAGGACUCUCCGCCAGACGUUAGAGCAUUGAACAUUGCUAGUGCAUCRUUAGGAGUGGCAAGUGGGGCGGUAGGAGUGGUGUCAUUCGUKGCRGGRGCAUUAGCCACGGCUGGAAGUACACUGGCUGCAUUUGCUGGUCCUGUYGGUGCACUCAUCGGGUGUGUACUUGGUCUUGCAUCUAUCAUCAUUGAUUUGAUUAAUUCAUCUAAUCCGGCGGGCACAAUUAAGGAACAUCUUGAGACCAUCCAGGCACUAAGAGAAGGUUCUCURCAGUAUCUUGAAAAUGAUGUUAACUUGACACAGGCAAUGGCAUCCAAAUUCAAUCGUAAUGUUGGCUUUGACACAGUCUAYCAAGUKAACCAAGGAAAUCUGAUAAUGGCGAUGCGCACGGAUGCUUACAAAACCAUCAGGGGUGCUGACAGCGAUUCCAACGUCGCUUUUAACAUCAAAAGUACUCCWGCUGAUGAAGAUGGCUACCUCGCAAUGGGCAAGAAGAGGAUUUUUGACAAGUCAAAGUACGCUAAUUUGUUAUGGAGUCCUGAAGGUACAGUGCCWCUUGGCUAUGACUUUUAUGGAAAAGUAGUAAAACCCGACGGAAAAGGAGUGACUGUUUUCGCCACGACUGCCAUGGUUGCUGAACAGUUCUGGAUCCGAGGAAUUCACGUWGACACACGACUUGAAAAUGACGAAGCAGCCCCAGACAAUGUUAUAAUUGGAGAACUGUCAGGCCUCAUGGAAUCUGCAAGUAACAUACGAGUGUAUACAGGUGCUGGCGAUGAUCUUCUUCAGGUCACUGGAGUCACUUGUAAUAGGUGGACAAAGGGAGGUUUCCAGGCUGAAUUGGGCAGUGGGGUGAAUACGUUGUCUUUCCAAGGCAUGAACCCUGACCGAAAGAAGUUUCCUGAGAGUCCUAGCAACCAGGACAGAUACAAAAUAUUUGCUGGAAUAACGUACAGUAUGCAUACGGAUUGGGGAUCACUUUACUUCAAGCUGAAAGAAUCCGAAAGCUCAAAUGAAAUAAAGAAGUUUGGGAUUGGUGAAAUCAAAGAUGUCAAUGUUCUUUAUGGUAAGAAAACAUUACUUUACUUUAUGGUGAUUGAUAUCACUUUAAUUAGGUUCAGCCUUUUGCGAUGGCGUCGACUCAACAAAGGUACAAAUAUCACUGAACAUUAG